AUGGCUCGUCAUCUGCGCCGAAAGCACCCUCAUCUCUACCGAUCUUCCGACACUGCGCCCACCGCUACCACCGGUGUCGAGCGUGUUUACACCGGCAUUGCUUCUGGUUCAGCCAAUCCGUUCGUGUCUCCAAGAAACGUGGCGUCCACCAGUGGCUACAGCACGCUAUCUCUUCGACCACCUUUCGAAGGCGCAAUGAGCACUAGCCCUGCGUUGCGCGCCAUCGACCACCAACGCCUCAUCUCGGAGCCACUCGAACGUCCGACCACGCUCUCUGACCUCUACAGCCGUGACAGUGUGCCUCGUUCACCAAGAGGCUCACCUCUCGCUCAGUGGAAUGCUUGCGGCCCAUCUCGAGCGUCAAACGCUUCUCCUCUUUCCCAAGCUCUCAACCAAUCUGACGGCUACGCUCUUCAAAACCCGCAACACCGCUUCAACUACUCGCUGAAGGAGGAAGAGCCCGAAUAUCAUCCUCACUCCGGCGUGCAGCCGUCCAUGUUUAGCAAUCCUGGUGCUGGAAGCGGUGCCGUGAUCGGACGCCGAGCUUUCGAUGCCCAGAACGCAGCUGCGCACAGGCCUGAGUGGAUGGAAGCGCCUCCGUCCGACCAUCGAGGCGGCCAGGGCUCUGGCCAGCUUUUCCACUGGGAUCAACAGAGUGGGCAAACCUCCAGCGUUCACACCUAUGGAUCUGGGGGCUCGACGAGUAUCGAGGCGGCAGCGAGCGGGUCCACAGCGAGGUCUUUAUGUCACGAUCAGCGUGACGACGGCGGACAAACAGGCUACUUUGACACAGCUUAUAGCACAGCACCUCUACCGUCUGGCCUCGUCUCAGCUGUUCCACACCAUCAAGCUGCCGAUCAUGCAACGCACGCAGACGUUCUGCAGUCCGAGUUCUUCGUCGGUACAAUGUGGGUCGCUACCGAGGACCCUACCUUUGGCAGCCAGGAGUCAGGCACUCUUCCUCAGCUGUCCGAGCAGGUCCGAAUCGAACCGCCCGCUGCUACUGGUCACUACGCCCCCAACAACUCAGUGCUUCUUUCUGGAUCCAGUGUCUCGACUUCUCCACGACCGAUCGCGGCGCCCUUCCUCAGCCUCGACUUGCGCAAUUUGAGCGAUCAUACGAGCGCCACCGCUAGCGCACCGCCUAAUCCAACUCACGUCGAACAGAUCAUGGCCGAACUCGGCCUCACCUUGACUUCAAGUCAGUCGUCCAUGAUGGGGGCUUCGAAUGCCUUCUCGUCCUCAACGUCAUUCUUACAGCCAGCCAACCAUGCUCCCGCUGCCUCUCUGAACCAGCCGCAACCGACUACGACCUCUGCCAUGCACGUCCAUCAAAACUCGCAGUCCCAAGUGCACUCGUCGCAAAGCUCGGUGUAUCUGCCCAACUUGACCGAAUCUCAAUCGGAGUACCUGGGCCCGAAUGCAAGCUCACAUCGGCGAACGAUGGACCGCGUUUGGAGCACCGCUUCCGCCGCUUUCGAUGCAAAUUCCCAGACUCGUCCCGGUCAAGGCAAUGCACAAGCCAUCGCGGAGGACUAUGAUGAGAGCCUUGGACGCCAAGUCAGUGCGGCGUUGAAGCUCGAGUCGCAGUCACAGGACGACAUGGUCGUCGACCCGAAUGCAAAUUUCACCAAGCCUCAUGACUUGUUCCCUUCGCAGAGGGCUGCCGCGUGGGACGAAGAAGGCGAGAGAAAGUCUGCUCGUGCUGGUGAUGGCAAGUCGUGCUUUCCUCCUGCCAGCAGUGGUGCGGUCAUGCCGACGGGCGCCAACAGUGCCAUGGUGACCAUGGGUCCACCACGUCAAGGUCGUGAUGCACCGUCCACCUCGCACAGCCAGAGCCAUAGGGUCGAGAUGGAGGUGGACGGCCCGUCCUUGUCCACAGAAGCCCAGCCAGGAGCCAACACCGCCGCAACCUCAGGCACCACUCUCAGCGAUCAAAUGCAACUUAUCGUCGACCGAUUCCGCGUCUUCGCGCGGCUCUGCCAAGAUCACUUGCAUCCCUCGUCCAGAAUGCUGGAGAGCCUCGCACCGCUGGUUCCCAAACUAGCGCACACAGACGCGCCCUUCUUCCACCUCCAAAUGAUCGGCUCGCCGAAAGCGCACAGCCCUGAAGAGGCGCUGACGGUGCUCUCGCUCGCGUCUUUGCAGAGCGACGAUGCGAGCAUUCGGGAGGAAGGGCAUAGGCUCAUCUGUCUGAUGUGGUGCCUGGUCAUGGUAUCGCAUCGACACGCGCUGCGCCUCGGCGGAAGGAUGUCGUUGUUGAAUUGCUUUUUGCUUGUCAGCAUGUAUGGCGUACGUCACAACGCUUCCGAUCUCUGGGUCACAUGCGAGGGGCAUCGCGAGACGAUUCUGUCCGACGCGCUCAAGGCUCAGACCUGCCUUCCGUCCCAUUUCGACACGGAUCAGAUCGACUCGACGAACCUGGACUCCCUGUCUGAGGAACAGCUCGCCCUUCAAUGGUCACGCUGGUACGAGCACGAGAGCCGCAAGCGGACGCUGCUGUUGUGUGUGAUUCUCGACUCGCAGUCCGCAGCCUACUUCUCGCCGCUGCAUAUCGACCUUUCUGCCCGGCCAUCGGCUCCACAGUGUCAGUUUCUCUUCGCACACAUCCACGAACCAUGUCCCGACGCCUUGUUCCUCGCCUGGCCGCCCAGGGCUUGGGCCGCGCGCCUGACCACCAGCCCCUCGCCUUCUUCAGCUGAAGGCACGAUGCCAUCGAUCGCCUCCCGCCUCUCCGCACUGUUUCGGCCUCACUUGGCCUUGCCGCCCGCCGCACGACCACGCUUCCGCCCCUCCUUCGACUUCAACGCUCAUGCCAACGGGGGCCCCAGCUACGCGCCCUAUGAAUCACAGGAUGCGCGCAUGCAGGCAUCCAGUCCACCCGCAUCCGCUCGAUCCAGUCGGCCGCCAUCUCGGGCCGGCGCAACGGAACCGCGUAUCGUCUCGCAGCUGUACAUGUAUGCGCUGCUCGAAGGCGUGCAUGGCGCCUGGAUGGCAGAUAGCGGCUUCUACGAAUCCUCUGCGUUUGGAGCCGCAGCGGUCCUGCAGCAGCUCGCGAUCGACAGCGAAGGCUUCAACGUCGAGCACGCGGGUAUUUCCGAUCUACCAGGUUGGCGCAACGGGCGGAGCAUGGACGCAACGCACAUAGCACACGCCUUGAUGAAUUGGUCCGAGAUGUUCAGCGGCGGCAACGCCGAGGAUGCCGGCUGUGGAGGGAUCAAGCUCACGGACGACGUUCACUGCUUGACGAUCCGGUGUCAGGCCAUUUUCCUUGGACUGUGCACGCCGCUUCACUCGAUAUGCGCGUACCUCAACCCAAGCACGAAAGCGGAGCAGCGCAAGAGGCUCACGCAGCUGCUGGUGAAGUGGGUCGAGUCGCCGUAUUGCAGACGUGCGCUCGUGCACGCUGGCACCAUCCUGACACUCAUCAGUGCGGCAAAGACGGGGCAGGAGAGGAUGAGACCAGCAACUGCACAUGCUGCGUACAUGGCGCUGACGGUAGUCGUGUGCACGUGGAAGGUCCUCAACGACAUGCCUCCGUCUGUGCACACGGCCGACAGCGUCGCAGCUCAGAGCAGCGAGGAGCUCGUCUCAACAAAAGCGGUCUGGUCGACUCUCCUUCCUUCGGUACACCAGAAUGAAACUGGAAACACUCGCGACGACUCCCCCACCGACGACGAUUGGCUCCGCGUCCGUUUCUGGCACCGCAGGUUCCAAUACCUCGGCCUCGCUGGAAUCUUUAGCGUAGACUCAGAAUCUCCGCUCGCCGACUGGCGGCCGUCCACCUCGGCUUCCGCGAUGGGUUCGUUUGCCCGACCCCGGUGGUCGAGCUUCGCCGGCGAACGGCGCGGGCUCAGCCGUGUCCAGUCCGAGGCAGACGUGGCUCAUCGACGAGCCUCGCACGUUCAGCUGCCAGCAAGGCAGGAGGAGAGCCACGAUCUGCGCAGACAGCUGCUCAGCGGGUCGGGCAUUCAUCCUGCCACCAGGACGCGCCAGUGGAUUCUCAAGGGAGACACGAGGAGUGCUACCUUUUGCGGUCUGGCGCUCAACGCUGAAGGAUCGGGCGGUGUGGAGAUGCUCGGCCGCGGUCAGCUGUGGAAGCUGGUCAUGUGGGUGCGCAACGACAAUCCGGCGUGGUGCUUCAGCGGGGAGUACACGGAGCUGCUGCUAGGUGCGCUAGAGGAGACGCAGACGGAGGUGGCACCGGCGGACUCGGCGGAGGGCAACGAGGCGGGAUGCACAGUGUAG